CCAAGAAAAUUCCCAUGUGCUAUGCUUUUGGAUGACCCACCAUAUUUGACUGCUUUAUAUAUAUACAUGGCCUCCCGGCCGUAUGGUGAAAGAAGACAGAAAACAAUUUCAGCUCCAAAUUAUAGAUGAUUCUUGAUAGCUAGUAGUGUCGAAAUCUCAAAACACAAGAUAUGGGUCACAAUUUCCUUGUUGUUAAAAAAGGUUUUCAAAUUCUUUUGCUUUAUUUUUCCAUUGCCAACCUUCUAGAUCUUGCUUAUGCUGAUCCUCCUUACAAACUUUGCUCGAACAAAUCUAACAAUGCAGAUAAUAGUCCAUUUCAAAACAAGCUCGAGAUCCUCAUGGCUUCUCUUUCUUCAAAUGCUUCCGUUUCAAAAAAUUUCAUUACCUCUACUGGAAUUGAUCCAGACAGAGUGUAUGCUCAAUAUAUGUGCCUCAACUAUGUAACAAAUGAAAGCUGCCGUACCUGCGUAGCUGCAGCAUCUCAAGAUAUCAGGCAGCUUUGUCCAGGAGAUAAGGAAGCAGUUGUAUGGGGAGAGCUAUGUCAAUUGCGCUACUCGAAUCAAAGAUUCUUAAGCCGCUUGGAUGUUUCAGGAAACAUUCCCCAACAAAAUCCGAAGAACAUUUCAAAUCCAGAACAUCUUAGUUUAGUAGUCAAUAAAACCUUGAGUAGUCUUAUCAAGAAGGCAGCUUUUGGUCCUUCAGCGAAUAUGUAUGCUACUAGAGACGAACCUUUCACUAAUAGUGACAACUUUUUCUCUCUAGUACAAUGCUCUACAGACUUGUCUCCAAAUGAUUGUUACACAUGCCUUGAGGUUGCCAUAAGAAAUGUUACGACUUGUUGCCUUUUUUCUCGUGGAGCAAGGGUUUUGAGCCGCAGUUGCUAUUUAAGGUAUGAGUUAUAUGCUUUCUAUGACGGCGCAACUGAAUCUUCUCAAAGUCCGGCGACCGGAAAAGGCAACGAAAGCGAAAAAUGGAUAAUUACAAUAAGUACUGUGGCAUCCACACUUUUGGUGGUAGCAAUUUUAGGCUCCUUCUUCUGCCAUCUUGCGAUGAAAUUCAGAAUGCGAAAAUGUAAGAAAGAAAAUACUAGCCAAGAUGGUAAAUUUCGUGUGUUUGAUCACCCAAACCACAAUGAUUUCCAGCACCAAGAUUUUCAGAGAGAUGGCCUUAAUGAUCGGGAAUCCGCAAUUAUGGAUUUGGCAUCCAUAAAUGCAGCUACUGAUAACUUCUCUGAAACAAACUUUCUAGGGCAGGGUGGUUUUGGCCCGGUUUACAAGGUAAAUGAAUUACAAUAUCUUAUGUUCAAGCUCAAAUUACCUUACGGAUUUAAGGGUAUUCUGAGUGAUGGAAAAGAAUUAGCAGUAAAGAGACUUUCAGCUUCGUCCGAGCAAGGCAAAAACGAGUUUACAAAUGAAGUUCAGCUAAUCAUGAAACUUCAGCACAAAAAUCUUGUUAAGCUUCUCGGUUUUUGUGUUGAUGGAGAGGAAAAGCUUCUGGUCUAUGAAUUCAUGCCUAAUAACAGCCUAGACAUGGUCCUCUUUGAUCGGAAGAAACGUGCUCAACUUAGUUGGAGAAGUCGUAUUCAUAUUAUAAAUGGGAUUGCAAAGGGAACUCUUUAUCUCCAUGAGGAUUCUAGACUUAGAAUCAUCCAUCGGGACCUGAAAGCUAGCAAUAUCUUGUUGGACAAUAACAUGAAUCCGAAGAUUUCUGACUUCGGAAUGGCAAGGAUCAUGGAAGCUAAUGAAGGCGAAGGCAAUACUGUUAGGAUAGCGGGAACAUAUGGAUACAUGGCACCAGAGUAUGCAAUGGAGGGACUUUACUCCACCAAAUCUGAUGUUUUUAGUUUUGGAGUUAUUCUGUUGGAGAUCAUAACCGGAAGAAAGAAUUCUGGAUUCCACAAAUCGAAACGUGCUCCUAGCCUCCUAGCUUAUGCAUGGGAAUUAUGUAACAAUGGAAAGGAACUCGAGAUGAUAGAUCCAGUGUUGGCUGAUUCAUGCUGCUCUGAUGAAUUUUCCCGAUGCGUGCAUAUCGGUUUAUUAUGCGUCCAAGAAGAUGCUAGUGAAAGGCCAGCCAUGUCGUCCGUUGUUUUAAUGCUGAAAAGUGACAACUCAAUUGAUCUUCCCCAUCCUCAACGGCCGGCCAUUUUUGCUGGGAGAUUUACAGACCACCACGAGGCAAAAGCUAAUGAUUGUUCUGUCAGUGGCUUAACAGUUUCUGAUACUUUACCUCGUUGAUGAAGCUGGCGAAUGAAUGAAGUGUGUGACCGCGAAGCCCUCUUAGGCAUGUCCGCGGCUAUAUAGGAUAUAAAGGGCAAAAUACGUUCAUUGUUUCUCAGUUACAAAAAUUGGUAUGAAAGAGUAAUAAUGGAAUGAAAUCAAUUAUCUGUU